AUGACGGACGAAAGCUCAGCAUGGAUUGAUCGGGGUCGCAUGGCAGUCCCGGUCAGUCAAUCUGGUGACUGGGACGAAGUGGGCUCAUCGUUCAAGGCCUCAUUUGAGCAGCUUACUCAACCAGAAGCGACGAAAAGUCGACCCAGCCGGGCAAUCAGUGCAGCACGACGUUCCUUCCGACCGCACUGUCCGCAGAUUCGAUUCGCAAUCUUCCACGGCCUCGCCGAUGACACGCGUUGUCGUCGACGCCCCGCGGGACCGCCUCUUUCAUGCGUCAUCCCAGCCGCCGUCGCAUGUCGAGAGGCUGCACUCGACCACAGCGUCUCCGGAGGAUUAGGACCAUCUGAAGUCGCAAUGACCUCGCAUACCGGCAGGUUGGUUUGA